AUGGGCAACACUCCCAGCUCCGUCCUGGACAAUAUUGCCCAGGGCACCAACUUUGAUCGUGAUGAGGUGGACCGCCUUAGGAAGCGGUUCAUGAAGCUCGACAAGGACAACUCUGGCACCAUCGAGCGAGAGGAAUUCCUCAGUCUUCCCCAGAUCAACUCCAACCCACUUGCGACUCGAAUGAUUGCCAUCUUCGACGAGGAUGGAGGUGGUAACGUCGACUUCCAAGAAUUCGUCUCGGGCCUGUCUGCCUUCAGCUCCAAGGGCAACAAGGAGCAGAAGCUCCGCUUCGCCUUUAAAGUCUACGACAUCGACCGCGACGGGUACAUCAGCAACGGCGAGCUGUUCAUCGUGCUCAAGAUGAUGGUCGGCUCCAACCUAAAGGACCAGCAGCUUCAACAAAUUGUCGACAAGACCAUCAUGGAGGCAGACCUGGACAAGGAUGGAAAGAUAUCGUUUGAGGAAUUCUCCAAGAUGGUUGAGAACACGGACGUUAGCAUGAGCAUGACUCUUGACCAAUUCUAA